GUCUUCCUCCUCAGACUCAGUAUAUAAACAGGAAAGCAGCUGCAACGCAUAGGAAAUCCACACAAGGACAACCAGAGGCGACCUCAAGCCCUCAAUUUACAGAUACCAUUCACCACGGUCUCAGGAAAAGACAUCCUCGAAGCAAUGGCAUACGCAUAUUAUUAUGACUACCCACCUCCAUUGGUGGACAACCCUCAUGAACGACACCAUCAACACCAGUCGCUCCUCCAAUACAUCUCGCGCCGCCACCCCAGACCAGAAGACCACCCCAACCAGCCAGACCUAGACUUUCGCGAUGCCAUCCACGAGUACCUCAUCGAAAUCGAAGUGCCAGGCGUCAAAAAGCCUGAAGAUAUCACCGUGACCUGGACAGGCAACCGAUCCCUGCUACUGUCAGGCAAAGUCGACAGGCCCGAUUACGGGGAUGCCGAGAACUCAAAGGUGGAAGAAGAACAAACAGAGCCUCAUGCUGGAGGAGUCCAUCUGUUGAUUGGAGAGCGAAGAGUCGGCCCUUUUCGACGAUACGUCAACUUCCCGACGGAUGUAGAGAACGUCAGCGUGACGUUGGAGGCUGGGUUGUUGAAGAUUCGUGCGCCCAAGAAAGGGUUCAAAGAUGUCGCCAACACCAAGGUUGAUGUUAAGCACGAGGAUCACAAAAAGCAUACCUUCCCCGUCUUGAACACGUUUGCUGGCCUCUAGUCGUCCAGUCUUCCUACCCCUCAUCGAGUUUCGAAGCCAUGAUCAUGUGUGAAGAGCCACCAGGCCCUGUCGGUUUCAAAAGCUUUGUGCAAUAAACGCGGAAGGAGGGAAGUGGGGAUCAUCAGCAAGGGGAAUGCUUUGACUUUGGAAAAGUCCACAGAGUGUAGGGAGUGGCAAUGGAGCGCGGAAGGUAUAUCUAAGUCUCCGACGCGAGUGUCGGAUGUUUCGGGAACAGAAACUCAUAGCUGCAAGUAGUUCUCAUGUCGUCAGCCGAACUUGUGGUCAAAUUCGCUAAUCGGUCUUCUUUUCACACCGAGAUUCCGUAGCAUGAUGUGCGGUUGUCGAAACCAUCAGUCUCCGCUGUCCACAACUCCUCAAACUUGCUCUUUCUCCGGGCACUCUAUGCUUCGCACAUGACUG